ACGCUACCUCAUCCUCGUCUAUAGAUGCUUUGAUUGGUGACACCGUCCAGGUCCAUUCUGAAUCCCGCCUGUUUCUGACUUUGGAACUAUCUGUCAUCCCGCUCCUGGCUUAUUUGACUCACGAACCUACUCACAUUACCCUUUCCGUUCAGCAUGCCCCCAAAAGCUGCAGCUAAGGAAAAGGCAGUCAAGGGCGACGAAGCUGAGGAGCUUGUCCUUCAAUAUCUGAAAUCAACUAACCGACCGUACGCAAGCGCCGAUGUUUCCGCCAACCUCAAGGGCAAAGUCCCCAAGCCAGCUGCCCAAAAAAUCCUCACGACACUUGCAGAGAAAGGCUCGCUGACGAUGAAAACCUAUGGCAAACAGACUAUAUUUGUCUACGAUCAGUCUCAUCUUACUGCUCUAUCGAAGGAAGAUCUCGCUGCCCUGGACAUUGAAAUCAAGCAGACAAGUGCAGACCUUGAAUCAACUCGCAAGACCCUUAGAUCGGUACAGAGUGAUCUGUCGGCCCAGGAAUCGCAGCCAAAGACGAAAGAUCUCGAGGGGGAGAUAGCCCUCGUAGAGGCAGACAAUGCUUCAUCCCUCAGAGUUUUACUGCCCCUAAGAGGCACCGGAGAAGGACCGAAAGUUGAACCGAUGUCUGCAGAAGAGAUCAAGAAAGUUGACGCGCUCUUCCUUAAGUGGCGGAAAGAAUGGAUCAAUAGAAGAAAGGUGUACAAGGAACUCCUUGGGCUGCUCCAAGAUGCUGGGCAAGUGCGAGACAAAAUGAUAUUUGAGGAUGAGCAAGGUAUCUCGCCGGACGAUGAAGUUGCCAGGGAAGUGGAGAAUGGUGAAUUUUGUCAACAAGGCUCUGCAAGAGGUCCGAUUCGACCGACUAUGACCGUCAAAAAGGUCAAUACCGACACAAGUGUGGCCAAAAGAUCAAGCUCGACGCCAGAUCCAGCCGAAGGCAAGAAGAAGAAGGUCAAGAAGGCUUGAAUGAAUCACGCUGGCUCAGCAACUUUGAACAAUGGAUUGCUAUGUUCCGAUCCUGCACGGAGAUGAUUCGGUCUAUGUACAAAUUCGAGGCUCCAUACGCUGCC